AUACGCAGAAGAGUUAGCGUUGGUUUAAUACUAGAUAAUAACAAGAUGAAUAAAGAACAGAAUGACACAGAAGAUCCAGAAAUGAGUCCCGUGAUGGAUGUAGAGGUGUGUGAGGGUGACGAGACGUUUGUUCAGUCUCUAAACGAGUUUAUCGAGAAAGAGAAGAAGUACCUGCAGUGUCCAGAAGAGGGCACUGAUGAGCUGCGAUACAUCGUCUACCGCUCCGCGUUCAACAAGGUGAUUGGUCGAGCCUCGGCCUAUAGGAGGCUCCUGCUGGACAUAAAGUCAGAGUACGACGGCGUCAUCAGGGAGAUGAAGAGGAGGGAGGAGGAAGCUGCGGCGUCCCGCCUGCAGUCCCUGCUGGGUUAUGCGGCUCACAUCACUCACAGAACCAUGGUCCUCCAGAACCAGACAGCAGAACUUCAGCAGGAGGUCCAGAGGCUGAAGGCCACCACCCAGAGCCAGCUGAUACCAGGUCUGACCGUGGCCCAGUCCGAAGACCCGGAGGUUCUGCUGGUCCAUCUGGACCACCUGAAGACGCGGAGAGACGGCCUGCUGGACCGGAAGAUCCUGUGUGGUCCUGUGGAGGUCCAGACCCAGCUGACCUUUGACCUGCAAGAGGACCAGCUCCACAGAGACCUCCUGAGGGCCCAGGACCAGCAGCUGAUGACCCGGUUCCGGCGCCUGAAGCUGCUGGGUCAACGUCUGAUGGUCUGGGAGGAAUCGGGUCAGACGUUUCCACUGGAGGAGCUGCUGGGUUCUGUCAUCCAGAACCUCCAGGAGAUCGGAACCGAUGUGCAGGACGAAGGUCCGACUUCACAUCCUGGAAAUGAACUGAUGGUUCUGGUGUCAGCAGGUUCUGGUUCUGGACGUGAUCCACCAGAACCGUUCAGAACCUUUGCUGUCCGUCCUGCAGGCGGUGAUGAAGAGCCAUUCUGCAUCCCAGCUGAGCUGCUGGAGGAAGAGGAACCGACCGGGCUGGACGAGUCCAAACUGCUGAGGAACCACCUGGACAGGUUCCUGGACCUGCUCCGGUCCUCCCAGUACGAGGCGGCGGCCCUCCAUGCGGCCCGGUCUCCGGUCCUGAGGGACUCGGACACCAUGGAGAUGUUCCGAGGUUUUCGGGCCCCGCCGGGCUCCACCCCCCCACUGCUGCUGUUCUUCCGGGCGCUGCUGGUUACCGCGGCGACAGGCAGCCGGCUGUCGGCGGCGCUGUCGCUAAGGGGCGUGACCUCGGCUCUGCAGCACGGAGACGUGCAGCUCAUCGCUAACGCCGUCACGCUCAACAAGCUGACCUUCUCUGAGGCUGUGGGCGACGCGCUCACUGAGCAUGCUCAGAGGAACCGGGGCGUGGCCGACCUCUGCCUGGCUCUGGCCUCCACCGUCUACCAGGCCUGCAGCCUCCACCAGAAGAUCGCACUGAGCAUGUGCAGGAGAGGCCUGGUGCACGGCGCCGCCGAGGUCAUCAAGAGGAAGCAGCUCACUGCAGAGGAGAGGGUUCUGUGUUCUGUGUGGGUUCUGUCCCACGCGCCCAGCCUGUCGCUCCUACGGCUGCUGACCAACGCAGACGAAAACGGGGAGGCGGCCAUCUUGUCUGUGGGAGGGACCUUUGCCUCCAUGCUGGCGGACUUCAACCAGAACCGGCUGGCUCUGGAGCUUCUGGAAGGGUUCCUGAGGAGAGGUUCAGACGUGCUGGCGACGGCCAUCUUGGGGGACAGCAGCUGCUCGGUGGACGUCUGGGACCAGGUGGCGGCGCUGUGCGCUGAACUGGACCGGGCCGACCUGAGCCAGGCCAUCCGCUCCAUCCUGCACGGACCUCGACCCUGGACAUCGGACCUGGAAGGGGAAUGGGUCAUGGAGCAUGUCUUCCUGUGAGACAGGAAGUGGAGGACGGAGACAGGAAGUGGAGGACGGAGACAGGAAGUGGAGGACGGAGACAGGAAGUGGAGGAUGGAAACAGGAAGUGGAGGACGGAGACAGGAAGUGGAGGACGGAGACAGGAAGUGGAGGAUGGAAACAGGAAGUGGAGGACAGAGACAGGAAGUGGAUUAGCGCGUUAGCCGCUGGUUUUAAUCUGCUGUCUCUGUUCUGCCUGAAUUUCCUCUCUGUGAUAAUAAAUGAUUGUUUUCUGCCGUUAGCGGUUCUGCUGGGUUUGGAUCCGGUAUCUGCCUACGGUCACCGACGCUACAAGGCUUUUAGUGUUUUCAGCUUCAUUUUGUGCUUUAUGUUUUAUGUUGGGCUGCUUAUAAUUAUAAUUUUCCAUAUUUAUGGAAGAAGCUGGAUUCAUUUCCCAAAAUAAAAACUUUAUUUCCUUUCAUGAAAGUGAGACGAUUCACAGAAACACAUUUUAGUUUAAUUUCCCUAAACAUUCACCUCUGACCCCCAGCAGGUUGACCUCUGACCCCCAGCAUCCCCACGGUCCAGACUGAGCUUCCUCUCUGUGCGUCAGAACCGGUUCAGUGAAUUCUCAGUUCAUGGGGUCUUAAACAGAACCAGAACCCAACAGAACCUCACUCUGUCAAACCUUGGGUCCGGACCUGAUCCGGGCUGGUACCAGCGGACUCAGACGGGUCAGAACCAACCACAGGCCUGAACAAGCAGCAGCCAGUGGACCGGAACCAGAACCGGACCCAGUUCUCCCACCUACAGUCUGUGACAUCACUUCCUGUCUGCUCUCUGCUCUCUCCCAGCAGAGCCAAGGUAAAGGUCAGAGGUCACGUCACCAUGGAGACGAUGACAUCAUCAGAGGAGGAAUGUGGGUCAGCAUCUGGAUCUGGGCCGGUUCUGAUACGGAUCAGAACCAGAACCUAGUUUUAUUUCUUACACUGACUAUUUGAUUUGGUUCUGGUGGUUCUGAACCGGUUUGGACCGGUUUGGAGAGGUUCUGGACCUCUUUAUGCCUGGCCCUGGUUCUGUUAGAACCGGUCUCAGUCCGGUUCAGGACAUUUUGACGACCAGAACCGGACCACAGUAAAGCUGUAAAGCUUCCCAGUUAGAAACCAGAUAAACCAGUCCAGAUGCAGACUCAGAGGCGCCCCCUGCUGGAGGGGGCGCCUCUGACAAUGGAUGCUACUUCAUCCAUUGUCUCAACCUUUGACCCCAGCGGGUCUGGAGGUGCUGGUUCCUUUUGGGGCGCCAGGUGGGAUCACCUGGACAGGUCACCAGUCUGCCGCAGGGAACGGGAAUUUAUCAAUCUUUAAGUAAUGAGACUUUUUUUCAUCAUAAUUUAUCUUUUUCUGCUUAAUUUAUUGUUUUCUGUCACAGAAUCACUUUGAAGAAACUCCAAUAUAACUUCAUUUCUCUUUGUGAUAUUUAAGUUUAUUUUUUAUUAUUAAUUUUAAUUAAAUUAGAAAAAAUCCUAAAGAAACACCAAUUUUUUUUUGAUUAAUAAAGUUGUUUAACAUUUU